AUGGCCGGCGGCGGCGGCGACAACACGCCGGAGGCCACGGCGUUCAAGAACGUCCCGCGGCGGCCGAGGAGCGCCUCGCCGGGGUCCGCGCCGGGUCCGCGCAAGGAGGAGCUCGGGGCCAGCGACGGUCCUGCCCGCGGAGGCUCCAGCGCGCCGGCGGCGGAGCGGCGCCGGCUGCUGCUUCGCCCCGAGGACGCCAAGAAUGGGAAAGAAGAGGCAGCUGCUGCGUCGGCGUCGGCGAGCAGCAGUAGGGAACGAGGAGCGGACUGGGCCAAGAAGGAGCGGAUCCGCAAGGGAAAGAUGCCGGCGCCGGAGGAGAGCCCGCCUCGGCGGAUCGCCUACGAGGACGCGUCGGCCUCACCCCGGCCUGCCGGCAAGCUCAUGGGCGACGCUAUCCGGUCCCACGGGGGCUCCGCCGCCGCGGCCCGCCGCUCCAAGAUGACGCCGCGGCGCGGGUCGAAAACCAAGAAACGCAAGGACCGCGGCGGCGGCCCCCCGUUCUGGUACGGCAUGGGGAGGGACGGCCAGUCCACCUCCACGGCCGGCUCCGACCUCGACUACUCGUUCGACAAGAUGGGCGCCGUCGUCAGCGACGAGCUCCGCGCCGCCCUCCGGAGCCUCGGCGUCGGCGCUGCUGCGCCCCAGCCCCUGCGCGUCUACGGCAGGAUGAUGUCCGGGUGCGACAGGAACACCCACCAGUCGCGCCUGCAGAUGUCGUCCAAGAGCUGGCGCGCCGAGGACGGCGACUACCCGCUCUGCGCGUUCCUGACGGAGAAGGAGAAGGAGGCGGUGGAGGUCGGCAAGGGGCUGGCGGUUACGGCCUACGACCGCCGCGGCGCGCCGCACGACAUCAGGAUCGGUUACCUGGGGAGCAACCGGAGCUACCGGCUCACCAAGAACUGGGGCCACUUCCUGCGGGACAACGACCUCGUCGUCAAGCGCGCCGGCAAGGCCGCCGCCAGGGCGCCCAACGACGUCAUGCUCGACCUGUGGCUGUUCCGCACGCCGGAAGGGAAGGUCGGGAUGGUCAUCAUGCACUAUCGCAAGGGCGACGCCGCGCACGCCGACGCCGCCUUCGAGGAGGAGGAGCGGAGGUCCAGGCCCCGGCUCGCGGACAAUGCCUCCACGCCGGAGGCCACUUCGUCGCCGGAGCCGGACGGGGGCGCGGGGGGCGACGACGCUGCUAUGGAGGACGUUGCUGGUGGUGCGGACGUGAAGGGGCAGGACGGCGCCGGCGCUCAGGGCGACGCGGCGGGCGCACCGUCCCCGUCGGACCCUGACGGUGGCGGUGGUGGCGCAAAGGCGGGCGAGGCGGAACAGGCCGAGGUGGCGGCCGCGCCUUUGUCGCCGGACGCUGAUGGCACGAAGACGGAGGAGAAGGAGGCCGGCGGCGCACCGAAGGAGGCGGCCGCACACUCAUCGUCGGAGGGCGUGAUGGAGAAGAAGGGGGCUGGCGCGGCGCCGGGCGAUGCUGAUGGUACGAAGGCGGAGGAGAAAGAGGCCAGCUGUGCGGCGCCGACAGAGGCGGCCGCGCAAUCGUCAUCGUCGGACACCGCCAGCGGUGCGGCAAAUGCGGAGGGCAAGGAGGCCGCGCCGCUGCCGGCGGCGGGCUCCGGCGGCGCCAAGAAUGGUGACGGCCCUGCACCGCCCGUGGCAGCGGCCCCGUUUUGGUUCGGGUUUGGGCUCACUCAGCACGAGGUUUUAGCUGCACACGCGCUGGUGCUGUUAUCUCUUGGUUAA